AUGACUUCCCAAGACCGAAAUCAGAGGUUAUCGGAGCAGAAGCGUUGCGGAUGCCCAAUUUCUCGCACACACAAGCGUUUUCUUUUAAAAACGUUGUGCUUUACGCAGCAGUACGCAUCUAUGUAUCGUUGCCGCAUGGAAGUGCAGUACGUUGAGGCGAUUGCGGCCAUCCGUGAGGCUGUUAAGGGCGAUCCAGGUUUUCAUACUAACGAAGGCCUGCAGGAUACUUUGAAGACCCCUAAACGGGUGCUGGAGCUUGCCGUCGGCGUUCCGUCGCUCUGCGGCGGGGUGCUCUACAAGCAGAUGAAGCAGCUGCCGCGCUUCUUAGACAAGUAUCAGCAGGAGCUCGUCCGCAUUGAUGCCGGGGAUGAUGAUAACGACGCAGAGGACGAGGGGGUGACGGAGCUCCUCGACGCAAUGUCGGCGGAGGAUGACCAUGCCGGCCAAACACAGGCGGCAUCAGAGGAGCCCUCCAGCCUGUGCAGCUCAACAGACGAGCUUACCUUGGAGGAUAGCAGCGGCCGCGUCGUCUUGCAAGGGCUCUCUCCCGCGCAUUUUUGUACUGGCAUCACAUUAGGUAUUUAUGGAACUUUGCAGCUUAACGGUACGCUGCAGGUGCACAAAUACGCCUUUGCGUCUGUGCGGAAGCUUUAUGUCCCACGACGUCUGACUCCGGCGAUUAGGCUUCCUCCUUGCUAUAUAGCGUUUGUGUGUUGUCUAAACAUUGACAUACCAUCUUUCCAAGGAAAGGAUGGGGAGACUGUGGAUGUGGAGGCCGCCCUUCGCACACGCAUGCAGCUUGAGUUGUUGGUCGACUUCAUUGAAGGUAAUGUGAGCGACCCAGAGGCCUUGGAUAAGUCGCGCCACAUUUCUCGUAUGGUAAUUGGCGGAAAUAGCAUCGUCCCGACAGAGGAAUUGAAGUUAAGGUCGAAGAUCAUGCUGGAUCCUUCUGACCAGAGGCGACUCAACGAUAAGACGAAUACAGGAGUGAAAACGUCAGACAUGUUGAUGCAGGAACUUGAUGGUAUUUUAGCUCAACUUGGAAGUAGUGUUGAGGUGGAGUUGAUGCCGGGCGAUAAUGACCCUUCGGAUGCUUUUCAACCACAGCAACCUCUCCAUCCAUUGCUUCUCCCAAAUGCCUCCCGAUACUCUUCCUUGCGUUUGGUGAGCAACCCCUUCGAGUUUUCUGUGCUUACUUCGCAGCAAACGGCCAUUACUGAUCAGGGCGAAAAGUAUUCUCACACUGAGGCGCAGGAUCAAAUACAGAGUGGGGAUGCCUUAGUCUUUGUAACUUCUGGGCAGAACGUCAACGAUGUCGCUCGCCAGACGAGGUUUGAUUCUCGCUUGGAUGUGAUGUCGUUGAUGCUAGCCUCCGGCUGCGCCUGCCCCACCGCACCGAAUACUCUUUUCAGCUACCCUUUUAAGGAUGAGGAUCCUUUUUUGUUCAAACAAAUUCCGCAUUGUUUUGUGGCCUGCGACCAGCCCUCCUUUGAAACACGGUACAUGAGCUUGGCGCAGUUGGAGAGUGAGAGUACUUCCCAUGGUGGCUCCUCAACACCCGCUGAUGGACCAUUUUCAGCCAAAGAUACUACAGCAGAGGGGUCUGUUGGAAAUUUUUUGGGAAUUAAUGAGGAAGAGGAAGAUAGCGAAGGCGUGCGUCUUAUUUGCGUGCCUUCUUUCAGUCGAACGGGAACGUUGGUUCUGGUGGAUGUGAAUUCUCCUAAUUUAGAGACUGUCAAAAUGGAGUUCUUAGUUGAGUGA